AUGCGUUACUCUACUGUUGCACUCGCGGUGGCCGGCAUUGCCACCGUGUCCGCCUUUGAGUACCCAGACUUUGUCCCCCUCCACCGUCGUCAAGAGCCUGGUACUCCUCUCUAUGAUUGUCACGCCAACUGUGGUGGAGUGAUCACACAGUCUCGCACCGAAAACUUCUGUUCGAGUGCCACGUUCCUUAGCUAUUACGACGCCUGCAUGGUUUGCGCCUUGACAUAUGAUAUCUGGCAAUACUAUGGCAACAGUGUCACCACAGCCGGGACGACUUGUGGUUUAGACACGACUCCCGAACCAGCGGUUCCUGUAGAAACAGAAACCACUUCCUCGGAACCAACGACUCCAACAGCUUCAGAUAUCGUCUCUGUGUCUCUCAUCAGCGACACACCGGUCACUACUCCCACCGAUUCACCAGUCGCUACCUCCAACACCGAUGCACCAGUGACUUCCUCAGCAAGUGAGACUACAACUCCCGGCGCCGCUGUCUCACCCUCCGCCACCACGCUUGCAUCUGGUGUCCCAACUUCGAGCGAGGGAAGUACGCUGGUCUCUAGCACCUGGGGAGCCGCUUCAACCACUGAGGCCGCUACAACCAUCGCUCCUACCCUGGCGAUAUACACAGGCGCUGCUACCUUCAACAGCGUGGAUAACAUCUUCAUGUGGUCCUUUGGUGCUGUUGUAGCUGCUCUUCUUUAA